AGAAUCUGCAGGCUCCUCGCCGACGCUGGACAGGCCGAUGGCAUCCCACUUGCACCAGUCUUGGUCAGCAUCGACGCACGUAUGAGCGCUGCUGUGCUGACGCAACCAGCCCUCCUUGCCCUCGUCUUUGCCUUCCAAUCCGGCCUCUUUCAUGACGUGCAAGCACGCUGCAUCGAGUUCCAUCGAGACGUGUCUUGCACCUUGCGGGCGACGAGCCUGGGCUGGUGCACCCACGUCUACCGCCUUCCCCGUGUCAUUCCCAGUCGAACACUGCUAUGUCAGAGCGUUAGUAUGCUCUCGGGCGACGACCUGCAGCUCUAUUAUCCCCACGGAGGCGAACACGAUCGGCGGUUCGUCUUGCACGUGGCCAUCUACGAAGGGGACGUGGCGGCCGUUCGCCGCAUCACAGCGUGCUGCCCACGCUUGAUCUCGGAGGCUGCGAUUGACAUGGCCUUUCGACUAAACGAAGAAGCGAUGGCGACUGCGCUCUUGCGUGUGCACGGCCCGAGCUCGCAAGAUGCGCGUGUGUGGUGCACCAGCUCGCUCUUUGACGUAGUCGUGUCCCGUGGCUCGGUCGCCCAGCUUCAAUUGCUGCGCACAUUUCUUCCGUCUGGCUGGCCGAAAUCGUGCCUUGAAAUGGCGAUCGCACGGCGAUACUUGGCGUCAGCUCUGUUCCUCUACGUGUUCUGCCCCGAGACGCGCGGCCAUGCGAGCUUCUUGACGCAGGCCGCGACCACUGGGUUUACAGCACUCGUGCAGUUUCUUCAGCAAAAUACUAGUUACAAGUUUGCAAACGAAUCGUAAAAUACGCUAUCGUACUCGGA